AUGAAAAUUGAUUCAUUAAAAUCCGCGAUCAGGCAUUUUAAAAAUGCUUACGAGGUCGUUCAAUUUCUUCGAUCUCGAGCUGGAGUUAUUGAAAAAAUUUCAAUUUCGAAAUCGCUUAGCAAUUGCUACAAUCGACUUGGGGAAUUAUACUAUAAUUUGGCUAAAGAAGUGAAUCUUCCAUCUGAUGUGGGUGAUGAUGUUGAAGCAAUGUUCACGAAACUUAACCUCGACGCGGGUGCAGCUUCUUCUUUUCAGGAAUCCAUGGUCAAUUUCGUGGAAUGCGUUCGAUAUGGAGCAAUAAGUUGUGACUUAGCAGAUUCGAUCGAAACCGAUUUGCAGAAGGAAAAUGACAAGAAAAUCGCUGUUUGCAUAAGUGCUCUCGAAAAAUAA